CGUCACGUGCCCUACGGGUCGGGAAAGGGGCGAAGCAAGCGCGGGAGUAGGGACGGUUGCUACGGUUACGGAGGACGCGCCCCUGAAAGGCAUCGUGUCACUGACUCGCUCCUCCCCGUCCCAGCCGUACGCGAGACAUGGCUCUUCUUUCUGGACAGGCUAGUAAAAGAGGAUCCCUUAUACUGGCUCCACCUUUUGCCACUGAGGCAUCUCUGUCCCCAAUCAAACCGGUACAGAUCACAGUGUUCGAGGGAUGUGACCUGAAAGGUGUCAAAGGAGACACUCCAGUGACCUAUGUGCGUGCAGAGUAUAACGGUGUUAUCCUGGGUGACUCCCUGAAAAUUGAUGUUUCUUCAGAUGGGACAGUGAAAUAUAACUUCACCACUAGCUUUGAAUACAACUCUGAUGGGCCAAACUCUCUAGAUGACAUCGCACACAAACCCUUAUUCUUGACUGUGAUUGAAGUUUUACCAAAGGAGAAGAAGCAGAAGGAGGAAAAGACUGUGGCUCUUGGUCAGGCUGUUGUGGACCUUCUACCUCUGCUGGAAGGACAGUGUUCAUUUAGAGCAACAGUUCCACUGCAUCCAAUUCCUGGCUCUCCACUGGAGAGCUUUCACCCAGAUGCCAAGUGUAGCCUUGAAGUGUCAGUGUCCAUCCAAGAGCCCCUGCUUUCUGUAUCGAAACUUUCAGGUGGCAACCUCCUCAGGGUUACAUUGGAGGCUGCUUAUUCUGUCCCUGAAGUGUUUGUUCCCACAGGACCCCAGCAAAACUACAUGGUUUGCUUGCAAGUACCAACUGUUGGAGAGAAAGAGUACCCCUUGAUGUUCAAGAACGGUAUCCUGAAGCUUGGUGGGGAAAAAGAGCCAAUACCCCGGCCAAAAAAAUGGCCCAUUAGCAACAUCCUGGCACCAGGAGCUCAAAACAUUCCAGGCUCUUUUAUUGUUGGUGGCCCCUAUGAGGAGGAGGAUGGAGAGCUCAACAAAACAGAGGACAGGGAAUUUAGGAUUCAGGCAGAGAGCAUAAAAAAGAGAAUUGUUUGGGACUUGGAAAGACGCUGUUACCUGGACCCUCCAGCAGUACUCAGCUUACAGAAGCGCAUUGCAGAAUGCCGGUACUGGCCAGUGGAGAUUACCAGGGUCCCUAUGGUUACUUCCACCAAAGGGAAAUCUAGCAAAUUAGACAAGGGAGAUGAUGAUGGACAGAUUUUCUUCCAUGGCGUGGCAUACGUCAACAUGGUGCCUUUGCUGUACCCUGGUGUGAAGCGCAUACGAGGAGCUUUCCGUGUAUUUGCAUAUCAAGACAGUGAGGUGUUUGGGAAGACUAAGUGUCUAUUCAGCAUUUUACGUGAUCUUGGGCAUCAAGCCAAUCUGAACAAAUUAGGGCCAGUGAUCGCAGCAGCCAGCUCCCCUCAUUCAAAAGCUAUUCCCAGUAGGAACCAGAAAGAGGAUAAAAUGACCAAAGAGAAGGAUGUUCUAAGAAAGAUGUCCACUACGCUAAAAUCUCAGACGUCAGAGAGUGCUAUAGAAACUGAAGCAACAGUGUGUCAGAACCUGGAAGGACAGCAAUAUGUAGAUGCAGGGACAUUCCUGGUGAUGGAAAUAGAGCUGGCCAAGGCCUUGGUACCAAAACGAUUGCCGGAGGAGCUCGCCAGCCGAGUUAAGGAGAUGAUUCCUCCACGCCCUCAGCUACCACGCCGGAGUGCAGGAGCUAAGAAGGCCGUGGAAGAUUACCACAAUCAGAUCACUAGUAUUGCUGGAGCCAUCCUGGAUGAGUACCAUGAGCUGUUUGGGAAGCAGAUGGUUGAUGGUGGUGUAAUAGAUCAUCACACCCUGGAGGAACAGAAAUGUCAACUGAACUAUGAGCUCAACAGCUCAGGAAAAUACUUUGCUUUUAAGGAACAGCUGAAGCAUGCAGUGGUGAAGAUUGUGAGAGAGAAGUACUUGAGGACAACAGCAUUCAACAACUUGGAGCAGCUACAAGCUUUCCUGAGUGAGCUGUAUGUGUACCUGGUGGAUCAGAUGCACAUUGCUCUAAACCAGAUACUGUCACAAGAGAGUACUGUCGUUGCCUCACCCACCUUCACAAGCUGUGAGCAGCUCCGACUCUUUGCUCAUGAAGCCGAAGUCAAUGAGGACUAUGCUCUGGCAUCUGUCUACUAUCACGAGAGGCUGGCUCGUGACCGCCAGAUUGUCCAGCACUGGCUAGAUUAUGGGGCAUUCUGCCUCCUGAUGGAGGAAAAUAUCAAAGCCCAGGAGUGUUUUCGUGAAGCUCUUUCUCUGAACCCAAGUCACCUGCACAGCUUGCUGCUGUGUGGUAUCUUAGCUGUCAUGAUGGAGCACUAUGAAGAGGCAGAAAUCUUCUUUGAGGAUGCCACCUGCUUGGAGCCAUCCAGCAUCGUGUCCUGGACUCUCUUAGGUUUGUUCUAUGAAAUACAGGAAAAUGAUAUUCGGGUGGAGAUGGCCUUCCAUGAGGCUAACAAACUACUGAAGGCACAACUGGCCAAAGAGAAAAAUAUCGCUGAAGCUGCUGAAGAAGGAGGAAAAAAGCUACACUCUCUUUCUGCCACAGUUCUAAGACCUGUCACUUCUCCCCAGGAAGACACCCUACCAGUUUCAGAUGAGGCUCCAGAUGGCUCCCUGAAAGUACAGCCAGAUUCUGUAGAGCCUGUUGUAACUAUCCACCUGCCAGAAGAUGACCCUGCAGUUAAACUGACCAAGAAGCUUUCUCCCACUCUCAAUAAGAACAGGGAGACGUCCCAGAAAGUAAUGAAGAAACCUAGUGGAGGAGCACUUGAUCCAUCACAUGCGGUGGCUCCUGUCCCCAUUUCUGGACUUUCACAGCCCUCCCACACAAUCUUCAUGGAGACCAUACACUUCUUGAUGGAGGUCAAUGCUCUACAGUUUGUUCACAGGGCGCUAGCACAUGAGCUACUCUGCCAGCAGGAAGGACCCAGCUGUGAGUAUUACCUAGUGCUGGCACAAACACACUUGCUCAGGAAGGACUUCUCUAAGGCUGAAGAAUGUCUGCGAGAGGCUAUCCAGACUGACUACCUGAAUCCAAAUGUUUGGGCACAGAAAGGGCACCUGUGCUACCUGAGUGGAAAUCUUAGUGAGGCAAAGGAAUGCUAUGAGCGAACCAUCAGCUUUGUAACAGAUGCUUCUGAGAUGCAUUUUGUUUACCUGCGAUUGGGGUCCAUCUAUCUGAAAGAGAAAGAGUAUGAUAAGGCAAAGCGCACCUAUAUGCUGGCCUGUAAGAAGUCCUCAUCCUGCCUGACCUGGCUGGGAGUAGGAAUCGCUUGCUACAGGCUGAAAGAAAUGGCGGAGGCAGAAGAUGCCCUCUCUGAGGCCAAUGCGCUGAAUAACAACAAGGCCGAAGUGUGGGCAUAUCUAGCACUAGUCUGCAUGCAAGGAGGAAGGCAGUUGGAGGCAGAGCAGUCUUACAAAUAUGCAUUGAAGUUAGAGCUGAAGAAUGAGGAAUUGCUCCAGGAAAUCCAUGAGGUACAGCGAAUGGUUGGCUUUGUGUGGCAGCAUCCAUAUCUGAAUGUCUUCAAGCACUUCAAAGUGGAGGAGUGGAAAAGAUCAACUAAGGAGGGAGAUGUGACAACAUUUAUGGACAAGACAUUGAAGGGAACAGUAUAUCGCAUCCGUGGCUCCAUUCCUGCCAGUAACUACAUCCAGCUUCCCAAAACCAGCACACAGUCAUUGGGGCUCACUGGUCAUUACCUCUACCUGCUCUUCAAGCCCAUGCCUGGCAAAUGUUUUGUGGUGCACCUGGAUGUUACCACGGAGGAUAGCCAGGUUGUCCGCAUCUCUUUCUCCAACCUUUUUAAGGAGUUCAAGUCCACAGCCACUUGGCUUCAAUUUCCCUUCAUCUGUGGAGCAGCCAAAGGGUCGGUAUAUGAGUGCACAGCCAGAACUUCAAAGCAAGAUUUGGUGGGUGUGGCCCCUGCCAAUGUGCGCUGGACCUGCCUGAUGCUUGACCUCCACUACAUCCUCUCCAUGUACCUGAAUAGACGUUACAGCCAUCUGAAGAGCAUCAAACUCUGCUCCAACUUGUUGGUGAAAAACCUCUAUACCAGUGACUUACUGUUUGAGCCAGGGGUGAUGUUCUCUGAGGCCCGACAAGCUAAGCUGGCAUUUCAUGGCAUUUCCCCCAUGCCACGAGAAAUGGCAUUUCCUGUGCCAAAGGGAGAGAACUGGCAUGACCGCUAUGACUAUAUCAGGUUUCCCUCUGAUGGAUCCAAGCUGCCAUAUGACUCAAUUCAAAAAGGCUGUUCCAAUCCUGCAGAAGGUGUUCAAGUGCUAGAAGACCCAAUCCGUCAUCUUCCACGGCCAGUGACGCUUACCAAAGCUGUCCGGGACCGAGUGUCACUCAUCCAACAGAUAACCAGUCCCAAGGAUAUGCCUCGCUGGUCUCCCUUAGUUACAAAGAGCAUCCCUGAGGUUCACUUAGCAACCUCUGGGCCUCUGGAAGAAGUGUACUCUGGAGAUCAGGAGUUCAGCAGGGUAGAAGGACUACAAGCUGCUGGGGAUUCCACUGUACCGUUACAUGCAACAACUGAUGGUGGUAUUCAUGUGUAUGCUCACAGAAUGGGUAAUGUCGCCAUCCAUGCUGUUGGCAUUAGCUCAGAUGAGUCUGUGUACACAAAGAUUACUGGACCAGAAGUGCUCUCCAGCAAGAAAGCAUCUCCCUGCAGGAGACUCUUACCAGAUCCAAUCCUGAAGCUGAGGACAAUUAUUGGCUUUGGGGGUUGCAGCACCAAAUGGGCUCUGUGGACUAAGAACAGCUCUGCAGUGGUUUACCCCUGUCAUGCUAUUAUAAUAACCAUGCAGAUUGAAACUGGAGAGCAAAGGUUCUUCAUUGGACAUACAGAUAAGGUAUCCGCAUUGACAUUUAAUGGAAACAGCGCAUUGCUGGCUUCUGCACAGAUGGGUCACCUGAGCAUGGUGCGGCUUUGGGAUUUUCAGAAGGGGAAAUGCCUAUCCAUGUUUAAAACCCAUGUCCAUUCAGUCUCAUCCCUCAGCCUUUCCUACAGUGGAGCUGUUCUCUGUGGCAUUGGGAAAGAUGGACAUGGCAAAACAAUGGUGGUGGUGUGGAAUACUGCUCAGGUGAACCAGGGCGGAGAGGUGGUUGUGCUGGCCAAAGCUCACACAGAUGUGGACAUCCAAACCUUGAAGAUUGCUUUUUUUGAUGACACCAGGAUGGUGUCGUGCGGCAGAGAUAAUGUGAGGCUGUGGCGAGUGCGGAGUGGAGCGCUGCGCUCGUGCCCAGUGAAUUUGGGGGAGUACCAUUCCUUGGAGUUCACCGACCUGGCCUUCGAGAAAGGGCAUUCCGCUGAGCGGGAACCUGAGGACCGGACACUCUUUGUUUGCAGCAGGAGCGGCCACAUCUUGGAAAUUGACUACAAGAAUGUCACUAUCAGAAAUGCCCGGCGCCUCCUGCCUUCUCAGAUUCAGCACUCUCACCGGCGGGAGAAGCAAACCUUCAACUCGGGCCCUGGGAUUGCUAUAAACAGUAUUAGCGUCUCCUCUACCUUCUGUGCCACAGCCUCAGAGGAUGGCUACGUGCGGCUGUGGCCUCUGGAUUUCUCGGCAAUCUUCUUGGAGGCUGAGCAUGAAGGUGCAGUGAGUUCUGUCAGCAUCAGUCCAGAUAGUCUCAAAGUUCUGUGCACCACCUCCACUGGGAACCUGGGUUACCUGGAUAUACAGUCCCGGGGCUACAAUACCCUCAUGCGCUCUCACACUGAUUCUGUUCUGGCAUUCUCUGUGGAUGGGCUCCGGAAGCAGAUGGCUACGGUGUCCCAGGAUAACACCAUCCGGAUCUGGGACCUUGUGUCCAUGCAGCAGCUAUAUGACUUCACUGCCUCAGAUGAGAUGCCAUGUACUGUGGCCUUUCAUCCUGCACAACAGAUCUUUGCAUGUGGGUUCAGCAGUGGAGUGGUGAGAACCUUCAGCCUGGCUGCCUCUGAUCUACUAAUGGAACACAAGCAGCACCGUGGUGCAGUCACUGGUCUGACCUUCUCCCCAGAUGGCAAUUUGAUGUUCAGUUCCUGCUCCCAUGGGACUCUGGCUCUUUAUAACUGUGCAGCCCAGAAGAGUCACGUCCUCAGAGUUCUGGCCAAUGUGGUGUCCCAAGAUGCUGAGCAUGGUCCCAACACUUUGGCCGUUAGCGGGGAUGGACGUUUCCUCGCCUUUGUGGGCCCCUCUAAGUACACUGUGACCGUUAUGGACGCCCAUUCUCUAGAUGAGCUACUGAGGAUAGACGUCAGCAUCCUGGACUUGGACAGCACCAACUUGGACUCUGCUCUGAGAAUCUGCUUCGCUCCCAUGCCUGUUGGUCACCUCUUGGUGUCCACUUCCUCCAACAAGGUCCUUGUUCUUGAUGCCAAAACUGGCCGCUUGGUCCGAGAGGUGUCUCGUGUGCACAAGCUGUCCUGUUCUUCAUUGGCACUGAGUGAGGAUGCCAGGUACCUGCUGACGGCCGGUGACAGGGUUGUCAAAGUGUGGGACUAUCAGAUGAGGUUCGACAUCAACUUUCAGGUAUAUAUUGGCCACUCGGAGCCAGUGCGACAGGUGGCCUUCACCCCUGACCAACAGCACGUCAUCAGCAUUGGAGAUGCCAUCUUCCUUUGGGACUUCCUAGCUGUGUCCAGAGCAGAGUCACCCAAGGCUGACAUUCAUCCCUAUGUUGAGUCCCUUGUGCCUCCGAGAGCUGAAACUAGCUCUGAGAAGCUAAAGGAUUUUACAUCCAGUGCCAAUGAGAUACCUCGCCAGUCAGCUCCUCUUCCAUCUCUGGCCUCACCACCAUGUCUGGACAUCAGUUCUAUCCACCAAGCAGGACGUGAUGAUAUUUUCUCUGAGUCAGAUGAAGGGGAGGAAGCAGGUCUGAAAGGUAGCAGCAGAGAGGCUUCAGAUGGAAACAAAGACCACUCGACCCUUGUCAUGGAGGAACCAGUCGAGAAUGAGGAAACUCUUGUUGUGAGGCCCAAAGUGAGUCAGGAGUGUUCGAGGUCUCCCAGUCACUCAGGAAAUGAACCUAGAAAGGAGACCAAGGGUCCUGAACCCCAGCACUAUAUCCGCCCAGAUUCCUACAGGCACUUUACUCCUCGCUUCAAAGCAUCCGUGCUCCCCAAGAGUGUCUUGUAUCCCCCAGCUGGUAACGAGGGCCUGAAAUUAAAGGCAGUCAUUGGCUACAAUGGGAAUGGAAGGGGGAAUAUGGUCUGGAACCCAGACACAGGUUUUUUUGCCUAUACCUGUGGGUGCGUGAUUGUGGUUGAAGACCUGCACUCAGGAUCGCAGCAGCAUUGGAUUGGCCACCCUGAAGAGAUCUCUACUUUAGCAGUCAGCCAUGAUGCCCAGGUUCUCGCCUCUGCCUCUGGCCAGGGGAAUGGAGACUCACGCUGUCAGAUCCGGAUCUGGAACGUACAGGAUGGGACUUGCCAAAAAGUUAUUUUCCAUCACGAGACCCAAGUACAGGCCAUGGCAUACUCUCGUGACGAUAGGCUCCUUGUUACACUAGGGGACUACAGUGACCGGACCCUCGCCCUGUGGAACACCCAUACUUAUGACCUAAUGUCGUCCACCCAUUUCUUAGAACCAGUUCACGAGGUGGCCUUUAACCCUCUUUUUGAUGGUGAACUUGCCUGUGUAGGCAGGGGAGCAGUGGCUUUCUGGCUAAUUGAGCAGCGGGGAGCUGACAUCAGCCUCAAGGUUCAUAGAGCUGCAAUCCCUGAUACGGUAGGACUGGUGGAACUGACAUCUCUCUGCUACAGCACCAACUACCUUCUUUAUAGUGGGACCAACACAGGACAGAUCUGUGUGUGGGACACACAGACCAAUCGCUGUUUCAUGACUUGGGAGGCUGAUGAGGGUGAGAUUGGUGUGCUUCUGUGUUGUGGCAACAGGCUGGUCAGUGGCAGCAACACAAAGAGAAUUCGACUGUGGUCAGUGGCAGCGGUGCAGGAGCUGAGGCUGAAAGGUUCCGAUGCCAGGUCUAGCUCAGUCCUUUUGGAACACGAGAUGACCCUGGAUGGGACAAUAGUUGGUGCAACCUUUGAUGACUCUCUGGAUAUGGGAAUUGUGGGCACCACUGCAGGAACACUGUGGUACAUAAACUGGGCAGAGAGCACCAGCAUCCGACUAAUCAGCGGACAUAAGAACAAGGUGAAUGAAGUGACCUUCAGCCCUGGUGAGUCUCACUGUGCCACAUGUGGGGAGGAUGGCAGUGUGAGGGUUUGGUCUCUGGCCAGCAUGGAGCUGGUGGUACAGUUUCAAGUGCUGAAUCAGAGCUGCCAGUGUCUGGCCUGGAGCCCUAUCCCCAUCUCCCGUGGUGGGGCUGAGGGUCAGCAUGUUGUGGCAGGGUACAGCGAUGGCACCAUCCGUGUGUUCAGCAUUUCAAGGACAGAGAUGGAACUGAAAAUGCACCCACACUCGGUUGCGCUGACUGCAAUUGCCUACUCUGCAGAUGGAGAAAUCAUCUUGUCUGGAGGCAAGGAUGGGCUAAUGGCUGUCAGCAGCCCUCGGACUGGAAUGACCAUUCGUGUGCUCAUUGACCACAAAGGAUCCCCCAUCACAGUCAUCCAGUGCACAAGGAAACAGUACCAUGACUUUGGCGUUGAAGGUGGUGAACUCUGGUUGGCUGCAAGUUCAGAUCGACGUGUCAGUGUCUGGGUCUCUGCCUGGCUGAAGGAUAAAUGUGAGCUCAUCGAUUGGCUAAGCUUCCCAGCUCCUGCAAGCCUGGAGGCCCCUAGCAGUCUCCCUCCUAGCCUGGCGGCUUUCUGUCCAUGGGACAAUGGUGUUUUGGUGUACGUAGGCUUUGGGAUGCAGAAGGAGAUCCUCUUUUACAGCUUGCGCCAGAAACAGGUAGUUGAGAAGAUCCCCUUGUCACACUUUGCCACAUCUUUGAGCCUGUCUCCAGCAGCACACUUCCUGGCUGUAGGCUUCAAUGAGCGUGUACUGAGGCUGAUUGACUGCACGACAAGAACAGAACAAGACUUUGUGGGGCACGAUGACUCCAUUCACCUCUGCAGAUUCACCCCUUCGGGCAAACGCCUCUUCACGGCUUCCUACAAUGAAAUCCUGGUGUGGGAGAUAACGAGCACAUGAACUGAGCUAGCUUGGCUCCUAUCAGAGUUGAGAGAGGUUUUCUAAACAGCUGUUUUACUCCAGCAUGAAUUGAGGAAGAUAAUGUGAGAAGAGAAGCGUUUCUAUCUGUCUCAGGCUGUUAGCAACUGAAUAAAUCUGAUCCAGACCCUUUCAAUCCUCAGUCACUGCUGGGUAGUAAUCCCCUUUCAGAGUCUCUACCAGCCAUUGUGUUCCAGUUCACAAGGCACAGCGCCCAAACUAACCAGAAAUUGGGGUUGGACAGUAUUUAAUCAUAAAUCUAAUUCUGCUUUAACAGGCAACCUGACUUACAGGAUGUGAAAGGAAUUUGGGGUCUUAGUGGGCAGUAUCCAAAUCAGAAAAGGCACCCCCACAGUUGGUACCUUCUUGGCAGUCUAAGCAGAGGCUGACAAUUGAAUGGGGGCAAGAAGACUGGAUUCCCCUCUCCCCCACUAGAAGUGGUCCACCAGGUCAGGACUAAGGAACACUGUAGUGUCAGGGAAGGGAAGUUUUUCCUGCCACUGCCUGUGCUGUGUUCUGUGGUUAAACAGAGGACAAUCUCCAGGGCUGUCAAACCAGGGUCUUUCACUCACAUCUCUUGCAAAAGAAAACACCCCACACGCUCGCGAAAGACAUGGCUGUACCUUGACCUCUUUCUGUUUUCAUGCUCCUUUAGGGUUUUCAUUCCUAGGCUCUCCAUGGGGAAGAGUCUGGCCUGCCCACCUGAUGCAGACACGUGGCAUUUUUAUUUGUAAAUUAUCAGGACCCAAUGGCUCCGGGUGUCAUUUUGUAUGUAACAUAGCAUCGAUUUUUAUUGGGAAGAGUUUUGUAUUGGUUUUUAUAAGCUGUAUAGUUCUUAAAUAAAGGUGUUGGGUUGAUUUUC